AGAGAGGAGAGAGGAGAGGGUGUCCCGUCUGCGCGGAGCACAGACAGACAGCAGGGAACAGCUGCAGCGUUAGGUUCGCAUAGGAUUUCACUGCAUUGCGAUUUUAAAAUAUCAAUCAUUUCAUCCCCAAAAACCCCGAGUAGAGCAUUUCGACUAAAAGCAACCAAACCUCAAUUAAAAAAAUGGUCGAUCGCGAGCAGCUGGUGCAGAAAGCCAGGCUGGCUGAACAGGCUGAGAGAUAUGAUGAUAUGGCUGCUGCUAUGAAAUCGGUAACAGAGCUGAACGAGGCCUUGUCAAACGAGGAGAGGAACCUCUUGUCUGUUGCCUACAAGAACGUGGUCGGGGCCCGCCGCUCCUCCUGGAGGGUGAUCUCCAGCAUUGAGCAGAAGACCUCGGCCGAUGGCAACGAGAAGAAGAUAGAGAUGGUGCGAGCCUACAGGGAGAAGAUUGAGAAGGAGCUGGAGGCCGUGUGCCAAGAUGUGCUCAACCUUUUGGACAACUUCCUGAUCAAGAACUGCAGCGAGACGCAGCAUGAAAGCAAAGUGUUCUACCUGAAGAUGAAGGGCGACUACUACCGGUACUUGGCUGAGGUGGCCACGGGGGAGAAGAGGGCCACGGUGGUGGAGUCAUCGGAGAAGGCCUACAAUGAGGCCCACGAGAUCAGCAAGGAGCACAUGCAGCCCACCCACCCCAUCCGCCUGGGCUUAGCUCUCAACUACUCUGUGUUUUACUACGAGAUCCAGAACGCCCCCGAGCAGGCCUGUCAUCUGGCCAAGACCGCCUUCGACGACGCCAUCGCCGAGCUCGACACCCUCAACGAGGACUCCUACAAAGACUCCACUCUCAUCAUGCAGCUGCUCCGAGACAACUUGACACUGUGGACAAGUGACCAGCAGGAUGACGAGGGAGGGGAGGGAAACAACUAAAGAGAAACCACACUUCGAAAAAAAAUAUAUAUGAAGGGCCGGUGGACUUUGGCAGCAGCUUUUGCCGAUGAUACUACCGCAGCAGCAGUUCUUUAUUUUUCCAUGUGUUAAAAGAAAAGAAUCAAAAGAGAGGUGAGAGUGGAGGUUAAAUCUUAGUUUAAAUAUAUAUAGAAAUAUAUAUACAGUUGAAAGGGGCCUCCGUCUUCUUGAUUUUCUCUUUGACAUUUGCCAAAACCACUGAUAUGUCAGUCAAUCAGCCUGAAGUGGUUGUUGUUGGAUUGAAAUGGCAGCCUCACACUGGCAUAGGAACUGGUCUUGUUCUGUCAAGAUAAGCUGCUUAGUUAGGUUUUUGCGUGAUAAGAGAUGCAUUUGAGUCACUUGAGAGAGAAAAUGCUUGAAUGGGAAUGCCUCACAAAACUAGUUUGCAUUGGUUCCAGUCGUAGUCUAUAAAUGAGAAAAAAAAAAGGGCCCUGGACGCUAUUGAUCUUAAUCUCACAAUGACAAUGAGGAAAGAGGAAGUUUUUAAACCGAUUAGUCUCCCCUCCCCCCCCUCCCAAAAGAACAUUUUAGAGGAUAAAUUAUAUUAGAGUUUAAAAAAAAAGGUUGAAAAACCCUGAUCCCCUACCUUCUGUCUGAAGUGUAUUUGGCUUCUCACAGAUUAGUCUGUUAUGUCACUGGAACCAUAGAUUCUUUUGGAGGUGAAGAUUAUAAAAGGCAGAGACUUAACGAUAUAAAACAAAAUAAAAAAAAAAGACAAAAAUAAA